CACGGGGGUGGUCCCGAAAUAUUUUCUUUCUCUCUCUCCCGCCUCCUGAAAACAAAAAAAAUAAGGGUUUCAUUUUAUGAAUCCGCGGCUAACCAAAAAUUCGGAAAUUCAUCUUCAGUCUUCAAGAGGUUAGUUACGCCAAAUUAAAGCCCUAUAUUUUUUCUUAUUCCCAGAUCUACAGCAAAGAUUACUUUUUUCUUCUUCUAUUUCGUUUAUUAGGGUUUGGUUUUUGUUCCUCACCAUAGAUUUAUAGUUUUACUGAUUCUUGUUGUUGUUAUGUUUUUGAUUCGAAUCUGUUGCGAUUUCUUUGUGAGUGAUUCAGGUUUUAUUCUUCGAUUUUUUGUAGCGUAAAAAGGUGUGCUCUUUAGAACAGUGAAAAAAGUGUAAAAAAAGAUAUUUAGGGUUUUUUUUUCCUGCAAAGAAGUAUAGAAUUUGGGGAAUUUUGAUAACUGCAAUGGUAGAAGGAGGUGUAUCUGAUGGAUCUAUUAGAAAACGUUCUGCUUUUUGUGAUGUCACUAAUGUUAAUGGGAAAAGAGGGCUUAGUGCUUUGUCUGAUGUUACUAAUGUUCAUGGGAAACGAGUGCUUACUUCUUCGCUGGUCAAUUCGAAUAGCAAAAGUGGAAUUGGGUAUGGAGAAAAUAGGGAAAAUAUGGAUUUAGGGAUUGCUAAAAGGGUUUGUCAAGGGCUUGAUAAAUCAGUCAAGGUAAAAUCAAAAUCUGAAGUUGUUGAGGGAACCAAGAAGAAUGAGUUGUUGCAGUUGUCUAAAUCUAAACAAUUAUGUGGUUCAGACAAUGCGGCUUCUGUAGGUAAGUCUCCUCAAGCAAAGGCAGUGCCUGGAGUACCUAGGAUAUCUCAUGAAGUUAAGGAGCCUACGAGUAUGUCAAAGAAAGAUCAUCAUUCUGAAAAGGGAGAAGUAGUGAGGCAAGAAUUGUCAGAAACGGGUACUACUACUAGUAUUUCAAUGCACGCGGGCGAUGCACAGUGUGGAAAAGAUGAGAACUCCGUGCUUAAUGUAACUGACGGGAAAUGCAAAGAUGAUAAAGAAAUGAGGGGUGUUGAAGUUGUUAAAACUACUUCUAGUGUCAUGUGCGAUGGACAAUGCAUAAAGGAUGUGAACUUUUCACUAAAUGAAACUGAUGAGAAAUGCAAAGAUGAUAAAGAAAUGAUUAUUACUGAAGUCGUUGAAACUACCUCUAGUGUCAUGGGUGAUGGACACUGCGGUAAGGAUGAGAACUCACUACCAAAUGUAACUGAUGGGAAACGCAAAGAUGAUAAAGAAGUGAGCAAUACUGAAGUUGUUAAAGCUAAUUCUAGUUCAGUGCACAUGGGUGAUGAUGGACAGUGCAAGAAAGAUGAGAAUUCACUACUAAAUGUAACUGAUGGAAAAUGCAAAGAUGAUAAAGAAGCAAGUAAUACUGAAGCUGUUAAAACUUUUGUUGAUCUGGAUCCUGAUACUGAAGAGUUGACCAUUUCAGAUGUUGGAAAUGAUGACAAGGGAAUGGAUGACGAUGAUGUGACCUCAAACAAGACUAGUUCAACUGUGGGCUUAGAGCCUUCUCAAUCAUCAAAUUCUAAGUUUUACGAACCAGAAAGAUGCACAGGUUUUAAUGGUAGUGGUAGUUCAAACUGUGCUACUGGUCUAGAGAUGCUCAAAACUUGCUCUUGUUCCUUCUGCCUGAAAGCUGCUCAUAUUUGGUCGGAUCUCCAUUACCAGGACACUAAAGGUCGGAUAUCUGCGUUGAAGAAAAGCAGAAAAGAGGUACGAAUUCUGGUAGAAAAGAGUUCAAUUCCUGCUGAUUUCGCUAAAUACUGUCAAGGAAAUUCCAACAAGUCAAUGAAAUUGGAAUUUGAACUAAUGGAUCGGUGGAGAUCCCUUUUCCUUCACACGGAGGAUAUCCUUGUUCGUGAAAGCACCCAUCUCCAAUCAAGUCUUCUCACGUUAAAAGAUUUGAGAGACAGCUGUAAAGCUGAUUUGGAGAUGAUCACUGGGGACCCUUCGAAGAAGAAAUAGGUUUCAAGAAGUUCUCUACACCACCUGUAAGCUUUUGAUGAACUUUGUAGAAAAUCUGUAAGGUUUGCAAAUCUCGUGACAGAACUAGUGAAGACGUCUUUUAGCAAACUGAAUAACAUGAUCUUAAUUACUUUUCAUUUGAAUUUUUCUAAUGUCAGAUUUGAUGUUGAGCCAGUAAGCCCCAAUGUUCAGUGAAAUUAUGGUUGUGGGUUAAAUUCCAUUUUCCAAUUUUAUGUACCAUUGUUUAACUAUAUUGUCUUUCAUUGAUUGUGUAUGAACAUGUCUUUGGUUGACUAUGCAUGAAUAUAUUAAGCCUUGUUUCGUC